AUGACCGAGGAAAAGCAGAGAGAGCUUCAUGUGGUGAUGUUUCCAUGGCUCGCCUACGGUCAAAUAGCACCCUUCGUUGAGCUUGCCAAAAACCUGGCCAGUCAUGGUCUUAAAAUUAUCUUUGUCUCAACUCCGCUGAACAUCAAGCGAAUUACACCACAAGUAUUGGAUGCCCCGGGGAUAGAUCUGAUGGAGUUAGAAAUUCCCUCCAUGGAGGGACUGCCAACAGUACUUGGUUCCUUGUGUGGCUUCCAAGUUUCCAAUCCAAUUCCCACUAUAUUAUUCAAACCAAUGGGAGUGGCUGGCUUCAGCUUUUUGCAAGGAGAGCGAGACAAUUCAUUGGGAAAUCCAAUAGCGGAGGAUCUGACCGUAUCGCCGCCUGGAUUCCCUUCACCCAAUAUUCACUUCACCUUGUUUGAAGGGAAGAGGGCCAUUGAGAUGUUAUAUCGGAAGUAUGCAGGUGGCCUUAGUGUUGCCGAGAACGCCAGCAUCUACAUGCGAGAGAGUUGGGCAGUCACGUCCAAUACGUGUUUGUAG